UCAGAUCUCUUUGUUUUCGACGGUCACGAUUGGUUCACAAUUGCAACUUACGCUACAUAAACCCUUCAUCGAGCACAAGUAGGGUUUUAAGCAGAAGCGAAGCAUCACAGAGGAAGCAAAGCAAAGCGUCGAGUGAGAGAGAGAGAGAUAUCUAAAGGCGAUGGCUUUUCUGAGUAAGUUCGGGAACAUAUUGAAGCAGACCAAUGCUCGGGGCUCUUUAUCAACGGGCCCUUCGCUUUUUCAGGCGAUAAGGUGCAUGUCAUCUUCUAAGCUCUUUAUUGGAGGUAUGGAAUAUGGGAUGAACGAGGAUAGCUUAAGAGAGGCUUUCAGCAAAUACGGUGAAGUUGUCGAAACUAGGGUUAUUUUGGAUCGUGAGACUGGUAGGUCGAGGGGGUUUGGAUUUGUUACAUUCACAUCUACAGAGGCUGCCUCUAGUGCUAUCCAGGCUUUGGAUGGUCAGGAUCUCCAUGGCAGGAUUGUUAAAGUGAAUUAUGCACAUGAUAGAACAAGUGGCGGUGGCUAUGGAGGAGGUGGUGGCGGCUAUGGGGGUGGGGGCUAUGGCGGUGGUGGCUAUGGAGGUGGAGGUUAUGGCGGUGGUGGCAGCUAUGGAGGAGGUGCUGGUGGCUAUGGAGGUGGUGCUGGUGGAUAUGGUAGCGGGACUGGUGGGUAUGGAGGUGGUGCAAGCGGUGGCUAUGGUGGUGGAUAUGGUGCAAGCGGUGGCUAUGGAUCUAGCGGCAGCGGUUAUGGUGAGGGUGCAAGUGCAGGCGCUGUUGGUGGCUAUAAUGGAAGUAAUGGUUAUGGUGAAGGUUCAACCGCAAGUGCGGGUGAUGUUGGUGGCUACAAUGGAAGUGGUGGUUAUGCUACUGGCAAUACUUACGGUAGCAACAAUGGUGGAUUCGCUGGAGAGAACCAGUUUGGAGGAAACCCUGUUGGCAACGGCUCUCAGUUUGGUGGUGACAAUACACAGUUUGGUGUUGGCGGCGAGGCUCAGUUUGGAAGCAGCAUGGAGAAACCUGAGAUGAUUAAUGGACCAGUGGGAGAUUUCGAAGAUGACACUGAUGUUGCCAAAAGAGCUUGAAGCAACACAUGUUGUCAAGACUUGUCUUUUCAUUUUACCAGCUGAUAAUAUGAUUCUAUAGCUUGAAAAACUUUUAUCUAGAAACAGCCUCUGGUUUUGCUAUCUUUGAAAAUAAAUUUGUCGUUUGAGAUUGGUAUAACAUUGAACUUAAAUCCAAAAUGUAAGCUUUGUUUCAGGCUUUCAA